AUGGCCAAGUCCAAGAACCAUACCAUACACAACCAGUCCCGCAAAUGGCACAGAAAUGGCAUCAAGAAAACCUGGUCACAAAGAGAUGAAUCUCUUAAGGGGGUCGACCUCAAGUUCCUGAGGAACAUGCACUUUGCAAAGAAGCACAACAAGUAAGGCCUGAAGAAGAUGUAGUCCAACAAGGCAAAGGCAGUGAGUUCAUGUGCAGAGGCCAUCAAGGCCCUUGUGAAGCCUCAGGCCAUCAAGCCCAAGAUGCCAAAGGACCCCAGUCACAAACUCAGUGGUCUGGCUUUCAUUGCUCACCCCAGGCUUGGGAAACGGAUUUUAAGCUACAUGGCCAAUGGUACAUGUAGGCUCUGCCAGCCAAAGCCCAAGGCUCAAACCAAGGUAGAGGUCAAAGCUCCAGCUAAGGUACAGGCUUCAGCUCCAGCUCAGGUUCCCAAAGGUGCCCAGGCCCCUGUGAAGGCCCCAUAGAAAAGGCUCCUG